GUUAAUCCUUUAAUCAGAAUGAGUGGUAAUCCACCGCCGAAGAAAAAGCCAAGAAGAGUAAAGGGCUGCUACAACUGCUCUCAGCGCCGUAUUAACUGCGACCGGGGCGAGCCUUGCCAGAAGUGUAUAAAAAAGGGAUUACAAUGCUCUGGUUUAGGAAUCCGGUACCGGUUCAACGACGGCGUUGCGUCGAGAGGGAGAUUGGCGGGGAGGCCAGUCCCUGUGAAGGAUGCAGGAGGCGAUAUAGCGGCUAGUCCAGACUCUGGCAGACCAGGAUAUGGCAGCUAUGGCAGCAAUAUACCAGAUACUGGCCUGCACCACCUCAGUGCCCUCGACCAUGUCGACAGCCAAUCUCGCUUUCUCCUCAACUACUUCUCAACAAGAGUCGCACCCGCAAUGGGGCCCUUUAACCUCAUCUUCAACGGCUAUCGCGACCUCAUCCUCCCCAUGACAGAACAAGACGAAACCGUCCGCAACGCCAUCAUGGCCACCUCCGCCUCACAUCUCUCCCUACACCACAAGGAGUGGUCAGCAGCAGCAUGCAAGUACCGCAUGGCCGCCAUCCACGGGCUGAACCAGCACACAACCCCGUCCUCCGCGCACCCCAGCCUCGCCACAAUGGUCAUCCUCCUCAUAGAGGAGAUGAUCGCGGUCCGCACUGACUUUCCUAUCCUCCUGCGCAUGAUCCGCAGCUUUGUUGAAAUGCAGGGCGGGCCUGAGACAUUAGAGACAACUAAACCCACCUCUUUAAGCCGCUUUCUUAUGCAACAGAUCCGGAAGAUUUCCCUGUAUGCAGGGCCAUUCACCACUGCUGCAAUGAACAUACCCAGAGGCACAAGACCCAAAGCCCACAUAGACAACGAAAACAACAGCAUCAAAGAAGAUAUAGAUAAUGCUAUUGACCGCUGUAACUCAUCAAAACCAGACCUCGACUUCCUCCUCACCUACCUCGACAUCCACCCCGAACUCUCCCCCUCCAUUCUCAAACUCGCCUCUAUAAUCCACAACGCCGCACAGAUCUACCAGGCCCGCGCCGCAAACCUGCCUAGGGAAGCAAACGCGCGCCUUUUGCGGCAGUUCCUUGCCGCAACGGCUUCAUUCAAUGCGUCCUCCCCAGGAGGACAUAUCCUGAUAUGGCCGUUCUUCAUUGCCGGCGCGGAGUGCGAGGAGGUUGCGGAUCGGGAGUUUGUUACGAUGCAGUUGAGGAGGUUAUGGGAGACGACGGGGUUUGGGAAUACGUUGUAUGCGAUUCGGUUGUUAGAGGUUAUUUGGAAUGGCAAGGGGAGGGAUGGCGAGGAGGGGAAUUGGGCUAGGGCGUUGAAGGAGUUGGCGGAGGGGUUUAUUAUGUAGUUUGUUUCUUUUCUUUGUAUGUAUUUCUACCGAUUUCUUCUUUUUCUUUUUUGUUUGGUUUAAGUUGGAGUUGUGUUAGGGCUUGGGUGGGCAGUGAUGAGUUACUUUGGAAUGGCACACAUAUGAUUCAUAUGACCCUCUG